UCUCUCUCUCUCUCUCUCUCUCUUCUCCAAAUCUCUCCCCCUCUUUUCCGUUCGUUUUUACCAACCAAGGAAGUAGUCCAAAGCCGCCAUUUUUAUAUCUUCCUUUUCCACGGAUUUCACCUCCCCCACUCGAAACCUACGUGCUCCCGACGAUCUCCCCCGCCUCACCUACCUCCUCCUCCUCCUUCCCCCACCCCUCGAAACCCUAAUGGAGGAAUCGGGCUCCGUUUGAGCAGGGGGAACAAGGCCAUGGCUCUUAAGGCCGUGGCGAGCUGGGUCGGGGGGAUCCGCCAUGUGGGUCGCGGCGAUUUGGAGCGGCGGCGGAGCGCGGCGCCGAAUUGGAGGUGCGUGGCGGCGGGGAGGAGGGGUGGUGGCGGCGGCGGCGGCGGAGCGGAGGGUUUUGGUUCGGGGGUGUGGGUGGAGUCGGUGGGGGACGAGAACCUGUUGCCCUCUUCGUCCGUGGAGGUGGAGCGAAGGCUCGGGGGCGGCGACGCCGUGGACAAGCCCAGGGUUGGGAGCAGGGAUUUGAGCUCGUUACCAAAGCCACUAUCUUUAACUGAUCUUUCAGUUUCCAGCCAUGGAUCUGAUGUCCGAGUAGCAUAUCAGGGUUCACCAGGAGCAUUUAGUGAGGCCGCAGCUCUUAAAGCUUACCCGCAAUGUGUAGCGGUUCCGUGUGAACAGUUUGAAGUCGCAUUCAAGGCUGUUGAACUUUGGCUUGUUGAUAAAGCUGUUCUCCCGAUAGAGAAUUCAAUAAUUGGAAGCAUACAUAGGAAUUACGACUUGCUCCUCUGCCAUAAAUUACACAUUGUUGGCGAGGUACAAUUGGCUGUUGACCUCUGCCUUAUGGCCCUACCAGGUGUGAGGAGAGAGCAGCUAGUGCGCGUCUUAAGCCAUCCACAGGCAUUUGCUCAAUGUGAAAAUGCAAUAACCAAGUUACGAGUCAUUAGAGAAAGUUACGAUGAUACUGCAGGUGCUGCUGAGUUGGUAGCCUCAAAAGGUCUGAGAGACGCCGGAGCAAUUGCAAGUGCCAGAGCCGCAGAGCUAUAUGGGCUUAACAUACUUGAAAAUAAAAUGCAGGAUAUGUCGAGUAAUAUCACACGCUUCCUUAUACUGGCUAGGGAGCCUAUACUUCCGAGAAUGGAUAGGCCCUUCAAGACAAGCAUUGUUUUCACUCUUGAAGAGGGUCCUGGCGUGCUUUUCAAAGCCUUGGCGGUCUUUGCUCUUAGGAGUAUUAAUUUGACAAAGAUCGAAAGCAGGCCACGAAGAAAUGGCCCCUUGAGGCUGGUCGAUGACUCAAACCAUGGGACCGCCAAGUACUUUGAUUAUCUUUUCUACAUUGAUUUUGAAGCAUCUAUGGCCGAACCUCGUGCCCAAAAUGCGUUGGCCCAUUUACAGGAAUUUGCUACACUUCUGCGGGUCCUCGGCUCCUAUCCAAUGGACACAUCUUUGUAAAUGGCCUCCUUGGAGUUGUUACACCACUAUCCCGAGGCCAAAGUUGGAGAAGAUUUGAUGGUCUUAUCUUCGGAUUGUUUAACAAAGGAAAAUUCCCCCAUGUCCAUAAGCUCCGCGCUUCUGCGCGACAUUCUCUCCUGCCAAUCUCUUCAGGAUCAGCGAAGCUUUCGACAGCGUAUAAUGGCACAGAAGUAGUCUCUGAAACUUGCUCUUAAUCUCUUUUAGCUUUAUAAAAAUCUUUGGUGCUAGUAAGUUCUCCUAGGGAGAUCUGCGAGGAAUUCGAAAGUUCCUGCACCAUUUUUUAUUUUUUUAUUUUUUUUUAUUUAGUUUUAGUAAUUGUGUGAGAGGAAGUAAAAAGUUUUAGCAUCAUCUUUGGCUCUUUUUUUUUUUUGUUUGACUCAGCCCAAGGGACUAUUAAUUGAAAUAUUGACUGAGUUCUGAUAUUUGUAUCUUCAAUAAAAGAGAUUUUUUUUUUUUUU